AUGAAGACCCAGACACUGGCCACCGCCGCAUUCGCUACUCUAUCUGCUUUUUCGAGCGUAACAGCCACUUCAGAUCAAAGCCAUGCGGCUCUCGUGUCACCGCGAGAAUUCGAAGAACAAGACUGGCAGCACCAAGGCUGUUACGUUGACGUAGGUCGCACAAUUAGCGAUGCCGUCAGUACCGAUGGAGGCAUGACCAAUGCCAAAUGCACAGCAUACUGCUUCGAAAGAGGAUUCGUAUACGCCGGCACUGAAUACUUUUCAGAAUGCUACUGUGGCAACUUUCUCGCUCGCGGAGCGAGGCUAGCCAAGGAUGAGGAUUGCAGCACCGAAUGCGCCGGGAAUAACACCGAGGCUUGCGGUGGCAGAAAUAGGUUGACCUUGUACAAGACAGAGCUCAUUACACCCCCAGCGGUGAAUCCAGGGGUCGGUGACUGGGAGUCUAUGGGCUGCUACAUUGAAGGUAGUACAGGGCGUGCGCUGGAGCGCCAGAUUUUCAGUGUUCCCAGCAGCAAUAUGACGGCGUCGCAGUGUAUGGGAGCAUGCGAUAUCCAAGGCCUCUCUCUUUCUGGCCUCGAAUACGGAGGGGAAUGCUCUCCCACCGAAACAUCUGGUAGCGGUGACACGACACCGACACAAUGCCCCAACCAGCCUGCCGCAGUUGGGAAGGAGUGGAAGUUCCAUGGCUGCUACACAGAGGGAGAUGGGGUUCGGGCUCUCGACAACAGAUCCUAUUCGGACAAUGAGAUGACUCUCGGAGACUGCUCCCGUUUCUGCUCCGGCUUUGCCUUUUUCGGGCUUGAGUAUGGCCGAGAAUGCUACUGCGGGAACGCCUUCAACAGCGGUGCCGUUGAGACAUCAGAAUCCGAGUGUAGCAUGCUCUGUCCCGGCGGCAUGCAGUGUGACUACUGCGGAGCCGGCAACCGUCUCUCCGUGUACCUGAAUUCAAGAAUACACGUCGGUCCCAGCAGCAGCGCUGUCACCACCGCCAGGUCCACUUACACGACCAUCAGCACCAGCUUGCGUAUUUCAGGCGGCACCGACUCUGUGUCGUCGAGCGCCAUUUCUACACUCUCACCUACUGCUUCGUCCAUUGCCGGCUUGAAGCCAACAAUAGAUUCUGAAACUCCCAGUUCCGUUGCCUCCUCUAUUGUCUUCACGACGACAGCAAAGAACAGCACAGCCGUGGAAUCACAGCUGACCAUUGCUACGAGCGGUCCAGUCUCAAAACUAUCCACGACCGAGAGUUUGGUUUCCACUGCAACAGCUCCAAACUCUAGAAUCACAUCUUGGGCCUCCUCAAACUGGCACAAUAUCUUGACAUCCGAAGGUAUUGCGACAUCUAAAGAUAUUCUGACAUCUGAAGAUAUUUCGACAUCUACUUCUUCUCUGCCAUCUACGGCAUCGAUUGUAAUCAACACGACAUCUACAGAUAUUCUAACAUCUAUUUCUUCUUUGCCAUCGACGACAUUGAUUCCGAUUACCACGACAUCUAAAAAUAUUCUAACAUCUGAAGAUAUUUCGACAUCUACUUCUUCUCUGCCAUCGACGACAUUGAUUCCGAUUACCACGAAAUCUAAAGAUGUCUUGACAUCCGAAGACGAUUCGACAUCUACUUCUUCUCUGCCAUUGACGACAUCGAUUUCGAUCAACACGACAUCUAAAGAUAAUAUAACAUAUGCUUCUUCUCUACCACCGACGACUUCUAUUACAAUCAUCAAGACAUCUACAGGCUCUUUGGCACCUGCUUCUUCUCUACCAUCGACGACAUCGAUUUCGAUAAACACAACAUCUAAAGAUAUUUCAACACCUACUUCUUCCUUACCACCGACGACAGCUAUCUCGAUCAACAAGACAUCUACAAGUCCUUUGACAUCUGCUUCUUCUUUGUCAUUGACGACAUCAAUUCCAAUCAACAAUACCUCGACACUCAUGACUUCUUCCGCUUCUUUCAUCCUUGCCAAUUCUUCUAGUACGGCCUCACCAACCUCAACCCCAACCCCGACACCUACUGGUCUACUUCCUGACGGCUGGGGUUUGUACGGCUGCUGGAUUGAUGGUGCUCAAGGUCGUAUCCUGGAUAAACAACUUCCCGAUUCUGACGAGCUCACACUACAGUCUUGCGCAGCCAGCUGUGCGAAAGCAGGCUAUUCAAUCGCUGGUGCAGAGUUUCAUUCCCAGUGCUUCUGUGACAACCACAUUAUCAACGGUGGAAUCAAAGCCAACUCUACAGACGAAUGCAAUAUGCCCUGCGCGGGCAACUCUACCCAAAACUGUGGUGGCAGCGAUCGUAUGACUAUCAUGUCCAUCGGACAGCCGAAGAUUCAGCUCGCGCCGGUCACUCUACAGGCGGUAGGGAACUGGAAGUACCAAGGCUGCUAUGAAGACAAUGUCAAUCAAACCAAAGUCUUCUUUUGGCAAAACCUCUUUCCAGAUGUCAUGACGCCAGAAAUGUGCCUGAACAGGUGUGCUGAUUUUGGCUACAUGGCCGCAGGCCUUGAAUACGGCCAAGAAUGCUACUGCGGCGACCCUGAGAACAUCAUCGUCAUGAAGUCAACAAAAAAGGCCGAGAAGGAAUGUGACGUUCCAUGCGUUGGAAACUCUUCCGCGUUCUGCGGCGGCGGUUCGCGCCUGUCCACGUAUUUCUGGGGUGGGAAGCCGUUCUACUCAUGGGACUUCCCAGAGGCUGGAAGCCCUGCCGCCGGCUCGUAUGACUUUCUCAUUGGCGGCACCAACAUACCUCUCAUAACUUCUCAGGCAAUCAACGGCAAGGUCACUUUCUUGGAAAAGUUUGGCACGGGUCCGCCCAACUCCACCGGUGCCUACGAGCUCGAUCUUUCGCAGAUUGACAACUGGGACCUGGCUUGGAGAACCAUGCAUGUCAAGACUGAUGUUUUCUGCGCUGCUGGUCUCACGCUCCCUGACAAGGCUGGCCGUCAAAUCAACAUUGGUGGCUGGUCUGGGGCGUCGACGUUUGGCGUACGCUUGUACAGCCCUGAUGGUAAGGCCGGUGUCCACGGCAAGAAUGACUGGGAAGAAAACGCCAGCAUUCUCAAGCUGCAGGACGGCCGCUGGUAUCCUACAGCCAUGAACAUGGCCAACGGCUCCAUUCUGAUUAUUGGUGGCGAGGAGGGCUCCAACGCGGCGCCCGUGCCGACGCUGGAAAUUCUUCCCUACACGGGCACGAAGCCGCUGCACAUGGAUUGGCUGGAGCGAACUGACCCCAACAACCUGUAUCCAUUUGCUACCGUUCUGCCUUCUGGCGGAAUCUUUGUCGCUUACUGGAACGAAGCCCGCAUCCUAGAUGAGAACACUUUUGCAACGGUCAAGACUCUGCCAAUGAUCCCCGGCGCUGUCAAUGACCCCAUGGGUGGCCGUACCUAUCCUCUGGAGGGCGCAGCUGUUCUCCUCCCCCAAUACGCCCCUUACAAAGACCCCCUUGGCGUACUCAUCUGCGGCGGCGCAACCACCGGACCCAACAAUGCUCUGGACAACUGUGUUAGCAUCUAUCCCGAUGCCGAGAGCCCCAAGUGGGAGCUCGAGCGUAUGCCUUCUACCCGCGUCAUGAGCUGCAUGGCGCCUCUGCCGGACGGCACCUUUCUCAUCCUCAACGGUGCCCAUCACGGUGUUGCCGGCUUUGGUCUCGGCGUCGACCCGAACCUGAAUGCGCUCAUGUACGAUCCCAGGAAGCCGCUUGGACGCCGCAUCACGGUCAUGGCCAACACCACAGUUGCGCGAAUGUACCACUCGGAAGCUAUCACGCUCCUCGAUGGCCGUGUGCUCGUGAGCGGCUCUGACCCUCAGGACGGCGUCAACCCGCAGGAAUAUCGCAUAGAAACUUUUACCCCGCCGUAUCUACUCUCCGGCAAGCCUCGCCCGACAUUUACCCUUAGAGACACCGACUGGAAGUAUGGCCAAAAGGUCAGUUUUAAGCUGGGGGGCAAGGCCGUCAAUGGCGACAUCACAGUGUCGCUACUUGGCUCCGUCUCCAGCACUCACGGCAACUCCAUGGGCGCGCGCACCCUUUUCCCAGACAUGUCCUGCUCGGGCACAUCGUGUACGGUCACGGCACCUCCUGGCAAGUACAUUGCACCGCCUGGUUGGUACCAGUUCUUUGUUCUUGAUGGUGGUAUCCCAGCCGUUGGUGUCUUUAUUCGCAUUGGCGGUGACCCUGCCGGUCUCGGCAACUGGCCCGAGGGCGAUUCCUUUACACGCCCGGGGGUUUAA